CGUCGAUGAUGAAUCAAGUACACAAAUCAUGAAUCAUCAGUGAAGUCGAAGCCAUUAUCAAGGGCCAAUUUGACAACUCCACGCUGCCCACGUUAGUCCCCCAGCAAUUUCUAUCAUUCAACUUUUCAUUCGAGAAAUUGUGCGGCUGCUGACUCGUUAGCCUAAUUCAACCCGCGUCUGUUCGCCUGCUCCCACACUUCUAGCGCAGUUUAACUUGUAAACACUUUGUGGAAGAUGGCUGACAACGGAGUGCACCCGACGGACGACGACCCGGCCGCCGAGUUCCUGGCCCAGCAGGAGAACGAGAUAGCGGGGAUAGAGAACGACGCGGAAGGCUUCGAGGAGCUGAACGGAGAGGUCGGCCCGGAGAGCCCACAGCAGCCGGCGAGCAACUACGAUCCUUUUGCAGAGGAGCCCGCCACAGUGAACGGGGAUCUCUUUCAGGAGUCCAAUGGCCCCACGGAUAACUAUGCAGCCAUCGCGCAAGUCGAUAUUCAGAGGCAAGAGCCGGAAAGUCUGCGCAAGUGGAGGGAGGAGCAGAAGGAACGCCUUGAGGCGUUAGACUCGGCAUCCAAGGCAGCCGAGGCUGAGUUGAGAGAGAAGGCCAAAAAGGAGCUGGAAGAAUGGCAUGUACACCAGAGUGAGCAGAUGGAGAAGAACAAGGCCAACAACAGACUCUGCCCAAGUCUGACACGAUCGUCCGAGGAGGCCUUCCUGUCCGAGGGCGACAUCGACAGUCCCGGAUCGGCGUGGGAGCGAGUAGCUCACCUGUGCGACUUCAAUCCAAAAACCAACAAGCAGGCGAAGGACGUCUCUCGAAUGCGCUCUGUCCUCAUCUCGCUCAAACAGACCCCUCUAGUCCGCUAGGUUGGAAAACUAACUUCACUUCACACUACCUUUGCCUUUUCACUUGUCGCCACACCUCACAUUCCGUUGUGACCCUCUUUUCAACACACAAAAAUACUCCUGAUUAAUAUAUAUAUAUAUAUAUAUAUAAUCCCAAUUUCCUUGAUGCCUACUUUAUUACAAUAAUCCUCACACUUGUGGGAAAAUGAGACUAUAAUUGUAUCAUUACCGAAGAAAAUAUUGUUACUGCAAGUUGACCAUUUGUUACCCUUUUUAAAUUAUUAAUUUUUUAGGUCAAUUUUAAUGCAUGCCUUUGCCAAGAUUUUGAAUGUUUCUAUUUUGGUUUUCCUUAAUAGCUUUUUUUUGUACGAGCAUGACUUGCUUCCUGAGCACAAUGCAGUGUAGAUUGUAACCACUUAUGCCUCUCAAUAAGGUACGAACACUUAACUUAGGAAUGUUGGCUGCAUCCUAAUUGGCAGAUUUAAGGUUAACAUCUUCUAGAGCUUAAAAAAAUGUAGUUAAUGUGGAAUAUUCAAACAAGCAAAAAUGGCACACAAAUUUUUGCUCGCAAGUCUAAAUUUCCAACUAAAGAGUGUGUUUUUUAAGUCAUCUAUCUUUUAAAAGGUGCCAACAACUGUGCGAAUUUUCAUUAUUUUUCACAUGUUGCCUAUUUGGAUAUAAUAAAAACCGAGGAAAGUGAAAGUUUAAAGGGAAUUGGUCAAUAAUAAAAAAUGGACAGUA